ACCACAGCGUUCACCAAUCAGUCUCUUGGCGCCACUAAAUCAUUAGCUUACCUUGUAGCUACAUUCAACUUCAAUGGCGUCCCUCAACUGCUACUCCUUGUUACUGGUGGUGGUUGCAUUGGUCACGACGCCACUUGCCGUUGUGGCCGGCGACCCGGACAUCCUCGCCGACUUUGUCGUCCCAAACGACAUGUACGGGAUAGCACCAAUGAACAUCACCGGCGACUUCUUCACCUACACCGGCUUUCGCGCCACCAUGAACAUGACCAUGCCGAUGCCGGGGGCGCAGAACUUCACUGUGACCAAGGCCAGCAUGACCGAGUUCCCGGCACUCAACGGGCAGAGCGUGUCCUACGCCAUGCUCAAGUUCCCCUCCGAAUCCAUCAACCCACCCCAUACCCACCCUCGUGCAGCAGAGCUACUGCUCGUCCUUCACGGUGCGCUCUCCGUUGGCUUCGUCGACACGGCUGGCAAGCUCUACACUCAGGACCUAGCCGUCGGCGACAUGUUCAUAUUCCCCAAGGGUCUGGUGCACUAUCAGUCCAACCCAGGGCAAAGCCCCGCAGUUGCACUCUCGGCAUUCGGUAGCGCCGCCGCGGGCACCGUGUCUGUUCCUGUUACCGUGUUUGGUACUGGUGUUGACGAUGCGGUGCUCGCCAAGUCCUUCAAGACUGACCUGCCCACCGUGCAAAAGCUCAAGGCGGCACUCACUCCGCCAGCAAAGAAAUGAUUCGUCGGUGUAUUGUUGUCGCCCUGAAUAAUAAGGCCACAUCGAGCUAGUGAAUGAUGGUGGAGUGAACCUGGUGUUCUUGUGAGUUUUAAGUUGUGUAAUAAUAUGCGCAUGUUGUGGCUUGUGAAUUGUUAUGGUGACUCAUGUCAAACUUCAUUUGAUUUGGGUGUUAAGAUUAUGCCAUCAAAUAUAGUUGUGUCUGUUAUGCAACUCUUGUUUUUUUUUAUUUCCA